AAAAGAUGGUUAACACUUAUCCUCCAAUCGCGCGACCUGUCGCCUUCCGCAGUACAGCAAGUCUCACUCACCGAUUCACAAACACGACUCUUGCUCCAAGCAUGCAAUGCUUCAUUUCAGAUCGACCGUGUUAACCUAACACUUGCGGAAGACUUGGCCGACGAGAUAGCUCCCGCUUUCUCUCAUCUCCAUUUCUUGCCUGAAGGCUUAUUCGUCCACCUUGAUGACUGUUCGCCCAAAGCUGGAGCCCAAAUCAUUCCAGACAGAAAGUCCUUACAUACCAUCGACAAGUUUAUUCUUCGCAUUGUCACCUCCGGCCGUUUCCAAGCUGCUCUCGAGGUAUGCGAAAAAAGUCAGAGGUCGAUCGAGCUAUUCUACUUGCCAUUCGAUAUACAAAUGACAGCUGAGCGGGAGUGCCGGGUUUUCUGCCGACCAAAGAAUGUAGGAUCACGGCAACCAGUCAGUAUCAUUGGCACAGGCCGUGGAAGCUUUCCAAACGCUCUGGCCUCGAACAAGUCCAGCAUAUUGAGAUCAUUUAUGAGGGAUCACAGAUCAUCAGAGAUUCCAUCAUAG